AACCAUUCGAAAGCGUUAAGCAUGUCCGCUGUGUGAACUGGGCGCGUGGCCACUUAAUCGACAGUUUGGUUAGCCAGAUGGCAAGUGCUUGUCCGAUAGGUCCAAUCUUCGCUCUUGAACUGCUAAGACGCCCGGCCCGUCUGUGACAUUGCGGAGCGGCGUCGAUGUCCCCCGUUCCCGUCUACUCGAAUUCCGGCUCAGCGCCAAUCUGUAUGUGUGUGUGUGGGGGGGGUGGGUGGGGGGGGAGAUAUAGGGCCCGCUUAUGGCUCUCCUUCGACAUGAGUCACUUUGGGCAGCUGCGCUUCUACCGCGCACGCCUGGUCCUUGCCGGGGGCGAGGAGAGGGCGUUGGUGCCUCGUGCGUCUAUUGCGAGUCCCCGUUGGUCUCGCGAGGAGGCGCCGCCGCCGCACGGUUUUGUGGCCUACCGGUUCUCCGCUUCGCAGAAGGGAGCACGAAAAGCGUCGCUUGGCGGGAGGCCUGCCGCGCAUCUUGGCACCGCUGCGUUGUGUCGGCGCCGAGCCUUGGCGAUAACGUGGACGACCGAAGCGAGCCACAAUGACCGGCGCAGUGAAUGCCGCCCAGUGCACCGGGACCGCGAUUGCCUCAACGAAGCCACGUGUGUUUUCGUGGGAUAAGUGGGUGCUCCUAGCGAUGUUGUCGGCGGAUUGUCCCAUAUAUUGGUCUCGGGAGGAAACCAUGUGUUUGUAGCGGGAAGAGCAAGCUUGUCAAAAAUGGAUUUGUGUCGCCCUGGUAGAGCGUCAUGACUUACGACUCGGACGCCGGCAUCGAGACGGAUGAAGACGACUGCUUUGGUCUGGAUAGCCUGAGCAGUGCCAAUGUUCGAUCUGGCCAUGGCAUGACGACUGACCCAGCUUUGGUGUCCACACCAAGGCUGGAUGGCUACCGCUUUUCCAUGGUCAACUUGGAAGAAAGCCAAGAUGUGGAGCUGGAUGCAAUCCUGGGUGAGCUGUGUGCUCUGGAGACGCAGUUUGAGCGCGAAAUCAGCCAAAAGGGCCACCUUCUCAGCCGCCAUGCCAGCACGAGCCCAGUGCCACUCGUGGCGCCCUCUGUCACGGCAGCAUCCUCCGCUGUGAUUGGCCAGGUGUCACCUUUCAGCUCGGGCACCUCUAGCCAGCGUUCCUCCGGCCACAGCCGGUCCAGCUCUUCAAGUGGGGGUCGAACCAAGCUGGACUUUGGGCCCUUUCAGGAUGGAAUGGUGUCCACAAAUGGAGCCACUAGAACGGACAGCCCUGACAAUGACUCGGCUUUCUCGGACAAUGUCUCGAUGCUCUCCUCCGAGUCCUCAGCCUCGUCUGGUGGCGGAAACAAUGUCCUGCGAUCUAGUGCCGACAGCGGUCGCCUGCCCAAGGCCAACACAGCAGGCCUGGCACCCUGUCAGCUCUUAGAGGCCAUCAAUGCCAAGCUGAGGUCUAUUCAGGCAGGCAUUGAGCUGGACACCCCACCCCCAGCAGCGGGUACUUGGGCUGGCUUGCGUAGCUACGCCUGGAGAGCCACACAGAUCGAUUGGAGCAUGUGGGAGUCUCUCACAUGGGGAGAGAGGGCUCAUCGUGGCCUUCCGAGAUUGCAGAGGAGCUGCGUGUUAGGUCAUGCGUCACUUCCAGCAGAGCAAGCUGCACGUCUCAAGGCUGAAAAGAUUAAAAUAGCUUUGGAGAAAAUGAAGGAAGCCAGCGUGCAGAAGCUGUUCAUCAAGGCAUUCAGCGCGGACAACAGUGCCAAGAGCCUGCUGGUGGAUGAGCGCAUGAGUAUUGUUCAUGUGACCCGCCUGCUGGCUGACAAGAACCAUGUCCCUAUGGAUCCCAAGUGGGCCAUCCUUGAGAGCAUUCCACAGCUCUACAUGGAACGUGUUUUUGAAGACCAUGAGAACCUGGUGGAGAACCUUCUGCUAUGGACUCGUGACUCAUCUAACCGUAUUCUAUUUGUUGAGAGGGAAGAGAAGUACGACCUGUUUGUGAAGCCAGAGAGCUACUUGCUUGGUGGAAGUUCUUCGGAGCAUGGAGCUGAGCUGGAUGAUGAUGCCAAGUUGACAUUGAUUGACGAAUUCUUCAGCGGUUCAAGUGUCGGAGUGCCGGAGGUGGAGGGACUUCUCUACCUCAAGAGUGAUGGCAAGAAAGCCUGGAAGAAGCACUUCUGCCUCCUGCGGGCUUCGGGGCUCUACUAUUGCCCAAAGGGGAAAUCCAAGUUGCCAAAAGACUUGGUUUGUCUUACAACCUUUGAGAUGAACAACAUUUAUGUUGGUUUUGGAUGGAAGAAGAAGUACAAGGCACCAACAGAUUUCGGCUUUGCGAUCAAGCACCCACAAAUUCAAACAAAGUCAUCUAAGUACAUCAAGUACCUCUGUGCCGAGGACAAGCAGACCUUGCAGCGCUGGGUGACAGGAUGCAGAAUUGCAAAGUACGGCCGAAUAAUCAAAGAGAACUAUGACAACCUGAUGCGUGACAUUGUUGAAGAAGACCUGGAAACCCUGGCUCAUGCCCGUAGCUUUUCCAUCUGCUCUAUGGCCAAGACACUGGCAGCUGUGAGCCCCGACAGUGGAUCUCCAGAUCUCACCAGCCCAUCACAGGAGGAACCGUCAUCUGAGCGGCGAGGCAGUGCAGACUCUGACUCUGGCCUAACCAUCACGGCAAGUGACCUUGGCAACUCUUCUUCUGGUCUGGUGCUGCACUCUGCUGCACUGCGAAAGGAAUCGUCAAGCAGCAGUGGAGCGUCAUCUGACCGCACCGAUAGUGCCACACCGACAGACCAGCAGAUUGCCUUUUUUGAUGCCGAUGCUCCUAUUGGGACCAUCAAGAGAAAACCAUCAAUGACACCCAAAAUCCCCCUGACAAACACAACUCGCACACUUGCUAAGCAGUCAUCGGUCGAACUUCCUGACAGUUCUGGAAUUUAUGAUACUGUAGGAAGGAAGAGUGGUGCUCAUCUCACUGGGAGUCUUGGGAGAACAUCGGGAGGGCGAAUGAGCCUGCGCCGGUCACAGACCGAUGAGCGCAUUUCCACCUCUGCCUUGGGCACACUGUCAAGAAAUCGUCAGGGCAGUCUACCUCGUUCCAGUAACGCUCAUCGAACUUCUCCACCUUUGUCACCUGGCCACACAUUGCCCUCUCCUCCUCUGCGUAGCCCCGAGAAGGAGUCGCAGCAGCACUUUGUUCCACCACUUUUGUCAUUGCAACCAGCAGUCGAGCCGGAGGAGGGUACCCCCUCACCCGCCGCCCAGCUGUCGGCUGAAGUUCCCGGUACAAUGAACACUACACCCUCGUCUCCAGAUGAUUUCACCGGCAGUACACUGAGCCUCGAUUCAUUCCCACCACCACCACCACCUUUGCAGCUUGGUGAUGUUCUUAGCUGGCCAAGCACUUCAAGCUUGAACUCACUGCCACCGCCCCCCUCUGAAUUGGCAACACCUACAAAUAGCCCGCCCCCUGGUAGCACACAAACAACACCAACAAACAGCCCUCCGGCUGUUCCCCCAAAGCCACCGCGGUCCCCUCCAGGUGCAAACCUGUCGGUUCUGUGCCAUCCAUCGGACAGUGCUUGUAUCAUCUACGCAGAUCCACGACUCAUUGCCAAUGGCUACGAAACGCUGCGUAAACGACCCAGUGAAGACAUUAGUGGCAGCAGCUGUGAGCAGACUGACGUACUUAAAGGCGCACAUUCGGUGGGAAGAGAAAAUGCUACCAGGCACUUACCUUCUUCGAGUAGACAGCUUUGCAGCCGCAGUGAAUAUGAAGUUGUCGAGGCUUUGCAGAAAGUGGUUGCAGCACCGCCACCACCACCGCCACCUCCACCCCCACCGCCACCACCAAUGCAGCCACUUUUGCGAAAGAAGCCAGCGCCACCUAAACGCAGUGAAAGCACGCGACUCUCAUCACCUGCGCGGCGAUCAUUCUCAUCACCGGCUGGCCCGGGCCAGAUCGCUUGCCCACCAGAUGUGUUCUUGCGGGACUUGCAGCGUGUCAUGGAGAAAAAAUGGAAAGUGGCCCAGCAGCUGUCGUCCGAGCCGACUGCGACUCCACACGAGAUUCUCGGUUUCCGCGACCCCUGCUGCCUCCCGCCACCGGAUGGCAGCGCUGAUGAUGUGUCGUGUAGGCGCAAAAUUCCACCACCACCUCCACCAAAGCGCAGUGAUGCGACACAGCUGUCUAGAAAAGUCUGUUAGGCUUGGGGUGAUGAGAGCUGAGCUCUCGGGGUCAUGUGAACACUUGCCUGGCCGUUUCUCCUCUUUGAGCUGACAUGCAACACUUGUUGUACGUGACGGUGGCUGACUGAAAAAGGCUGUUUCGUCGCUUUCAUCUCUGGAAGACCUAUGCCACCCUCAUUUCAACGAGACAAUAUUGUGAAGAGUGCCUCUCAUACGUGGGUCUGACCUUGUGUGCUGAACGUGGCACUCACAGCGAGCAUUGCACAAGCAGUUGCAUGAGGCAAUAAGCGGUUGCAAUUUAGCAGGAGUGCUAUCUAUGUAAGAGCUCAUCACACGAAAGGCCGUGGUCAUAAUAACAGAGCUUGCUGUACCUUGUUGCCUGCACAUGGUGGUAGAUGGUGCAAAUUGGGCACUCGUCUAAAGCUGGCUUUGGCGGGACUGUUUAUUGUGCUAACUGCACCAGUGCCGAGGGCUGUGCUUGAUUUGCACUUUCGUAUGUUGUUGAAAGUUUGGUGUUGUCAGCACACAGCAGUCUUUCUGUUCUUCAUCAAUAUUGAAUGUGUUUAGGACCUCGAAGGCUCUAGAAAUAACCAUGAUAGUGUGACCUUUUGCCAGCUUGGAAAUACACAUAAAGGAAAGCACAGAUGCAGAAAGAUGCUUGUGCACUCUUCUCAUUACCAGGUGUCCAAUCAAGCAUCUGGAGCUUUUGGUUUUAAUUGUUUUGUUUUUAAGUAUUAGUAAUUACUGAGUGCACAGUCAACAUUUAGAAAUUAAUUUGUCAGCUUUAUUUUCAAUAGUACAUGCCUUAACAUUGAACCUUAAAUUAGUGUGAGGGAUAGUUAGUUAUAAGAUCGAGUGCUUGCAUCCUAACAACAAUGCUUCCAGAGGUGCUCACCAAAAGACCCCUCAUUUAAUUUUUUUUUUUUCCCCGAUGUUGCUGGAAGGGGUUGACAGAUAAAAAUGUUAAUUUUGCAUUUGCCAUGGAGUGGUCCUUCGGCCAACUCAUUUUGCAUCUAUACAAGAUAUGAGCCUGAUAAGGGAAGCCGAAGGAAAGUUAUCCGCAUUAAUUUGUAAUGCUAUUGCCACAUGAGAAAUAAAUAUGUAGAGAGUCCUCUAUGUGGUGGUGCAACCAGCAUGAUCAAAGAUCUACCACGAAUGGUCCACGUGAAGAAGCCUUGUCUGAGUGAUGUAUGUAUGUGUGCAAGUGUAAUUCAGUAUGCUGGCCAUGUCGUGUAGUGUGCAAGCACAUGGUCAAAGAUGCUGCUGCUGGUUCUCAAUGUCAGCUCUGGGGCUAUAGCUAACUUUAUGAUGCAACACUUGCAGCUAAAUUAGAUUCUCGCCUGUUUUAUCAGCUUAACUUGUUGCUUACACUUUUGGCAUUGUGCUCAUGCGUAGCUCUUGCCAUGUUCUACGUUUUUUUUAUUUUUUAUU